GGGAAGUGGGCGUUGCGGAAUUAGGGCAGCGGGUGCUGCUCUUGUAUCACAGAACCAUUUUGUCAUCCAACGGCAUCACAUGUUGGUCAGUCGAGCCGUGACCCGCCUGCCCAGCAACAUACUGCUGACCAGAUCAAGCAGAGCUCCGUAACAUUCAUUGCGUAGAAAGAAUAUUAUGCCCAAUCUCCAUGCGCCCCCGUAUGAUGCACUCAAGUUCAGGCCGAGCCAACCCAACUCGGCAUCAUUGUAGCUGCAUAUAUUGGUCCCAUAUACUGCUCCGGCAAGUAUGCUCGACUUGGGCUUACAGGUGGCGUCGAGUCAAGAACGCAUCAGUCUUCGCAGCAAUAUCAGGACAAGAGGACCGCAAGAAAUCGAGCUUCUCCUACGAUGACCAUCGAAGUCAAGAUGGCUGAAGCCCUCCUUCGACAGUGUCACCUCCAGUCAAGUCAGCACUCUAAUAAUACAUUACGUGACCCCGAUGGGACGGCUAUUCUGAUACACUCGUCAACCUCUGCUCGGCGAAGGAGGGAUAUGGGACUGUUCAUCAUGACCACAAGUCCGCUAACUCCAUCGCAGAUCCAGUAUAGGCCAUUUUUGUUGUCCGAAAUUGGAAAGAAUGCAUGGCCAAAAAGCAGGCGUGCUGGCAGCAAAACUCAGGGACACUCGACCGGCACUCUCCGCCACCAGCGCCACACAUUCGACGCCGGAAAGAUUUUGAGGUACUGGUUGGACAGCGUGAAGUUCGGGAAUCGGAAACUGAUCACUUGCAAACCUUUGCGUUGGUUGGGCUGUGGUCCGUCCACUAAACUUGAGCAUUUGUGCGCACUAGCAGUAGACUUUGCCAAGCUUAGCUACCAAGAUAAGUGGCGAACGCAUCGAGGACCGGGCCGCUUCGAGACUCAGGUCUGCAUCAAGCCUGGAGGAAAAAGAAAGGGUUCACUGCCAGGAGGAUUUCUCCACACCAAUGGGGCCUUGAACGGGUCUGGGCGCGAUGAACUGAGUUGCCGUUCCGACUCGGCCGAACACAUCGUCAAAACCUCAUCGGCCUUCGCACGGAAAAGAGGAAUUCCAGGGUCGAGUCCCUCGGUUGUAGCUCCUUUCCAAGAUCACGGCGGAUGCGAUGUUGUGUUCAAUGACGCUAGCUGGCUCUGUAUCGGUGGGUCAGUCAUGUGA